AUGGAUCCGGUCAGUGCCAUUGGUAUCGCAUCAGCUGUUGUGCAAUUUGUCCAAUUCGGUUUCCUAGUCGUCAAACGUCUUGACGAGUUGAACAAAGCACAUCCCGGCGAAGUUCCUAGGUCACUGCAAGCUAUUAGUACUCAAUUGCCACUUCUCCUCGAUGCUCUCAAAAGAAUCAAGACCGAUUCGGAAGUCAAAACUUUGGAUGUGGACACUAAGUGCAUCUUACGAGGGGUCGUUUCUGGCUGCCAUGGCCAGGUUGCUGAGAUAGAAACGAUGAUCAAUGAGCUCUCUCGUUCUCCCGGUGAAAACUUUAAAACCAAGAUUAAGAAAGUUUUCAAUGGUCUCAAAUACGAUGAGAAGAUAUGGGCAGUCGAACGGAACCUCAACACGUAUAUCUCUGUGUUGAUCUUACACCACGUGGUCGAUUCUACCGAUAUGCCUCCUGUGACCGCUGAGGAUUCGUUUUUCGAUGUGCGAGAGCAACUGGUGGCUACAUUCUCCGAGCGUAGUCGUUUGACAAAAGAAAUAGAAGGCUGUCUUUACGAUGCAUCAAGAUCUCAGGUCAAAGAGCCCACCAUUGUCACCCUUUCAGGCCCAGAAGGAGUUGGGAAGACGCAGCUUGCAGUUGCUUAUUGCCAUGCUACGAAAGCAAGGGAUGAAUUUCGAACCGUAUUCUGGCUGGAUGCCUCUACAUUGGAGAGUCUCCUGCUGGGGUUUGAGAGCAUUUAUGCCACCAUUCAACGAUCGACGUCCGGGACACGAAAGCAUAAAGUCAGCUUUGUCAGAGCAUUUCUUGACGACCUAUGGCAUCCAUGGCUGCUUGUACUCGACAACUAUGAACCAACUGCUCUAUACAAUGAUAUCAUGGAAGUGCUACCGACUCGUGGAUACGGUGGUAUAAUGUUCAUCACUCGCAGUGAGGACAAGAGUGGCCUAGGCGAUAUCAUCCGAGUUCCACUGUUCUUAACCAUUGAGGACCAACUCCACCUGAACUCUCUUCUUACCAAAGCGGUUCAAGACCAAAGUGUCGAGCGAAUAAAAGAUCUAGUGAACCAAGGAGCUGAUGUCGACAGUCUAAUCUGGAAUGAAUGGCCAUGUCUGCACAGGUGUGCACUUUUUGGACUCGAUGAAGCUGUUGAAUUUCUCCUAGAAAGAGGUGCAAACCCGAAUCCACCCUUGCAAGUUCGCAAGCCAAUAUAUUGGGCGGCUAGUGGUGGUCACACAUCAAUAUGUCGCCUACUGCUAGACCACGAAGACCAGAACAGCCAAAUAUUCAAACCAGUCGAUAUUCAGGCGGCCUAUGAUGCUGCAGGUGAGAAGGGAAGCCUGGAUAUAAUGCAUCUGUUAUUGAAUAGACGUGAGCCAAAACUGAAUAGCAAAAAUGGAUACGGUCGGACACCGCUACAUAACUCAGCCAUGAAAGGAUAUUUGGAUAUGGUGAACUUUCUUCUUGAACACGGUGUUAUCAAGGAGGAUCCCGCAGAAGGGCAAGAAGCUCUUAUUCAAGCAUCUUCUUCCGGACACCUCGACAUCGUCAAGCGUCUCUGCUCUGCAGGGGUAGACGUAAACUUUCAGGAUACGCAAGGUUUGACACCCCUCUGCCAUGCGGCCGGUUUAAAAGGCGCAGACCAUAAAGAGAGCGGAGUUGGAAUCGCAGAGCUUCUUCUCGCUUCAGGAGCAGAUCCAAAUAUUACUGGGUCUGACGGGCCUCUGCAUAAAGCUUCUACGUGUGAUCAUAUCAACAUGGUCAGUCUGCUCAUCACGCAUGGUGCAGAUCCAACUAAAGACUGUGCUGGCUGGUGCCCAUUAACGAAUUCCAUCAAAUACAAGAGUCCCAAAGCAAUGACCUUGCUCCUCGAGGUUAAAAUGGAAGACACAAAGGCACGCAGUGACUGGCUCAACAGUGGAUUACGGUAUGCUUGUAGAACCGGAGAUCGCGAGGCGAUUGUUCAAGUUCUCGCAGGAGGAGCCGAUAUCAACUCUGCCGAGCUGACUGGGUCGCCAAAAGGUGCCACACCACUGCUCCUGACAAUUCUGAAUGGUCACGUCCAAGCUGCUCAGUUGCUGGUCCGGCGAGGAGCCAAGAUAGAUCUUGGAGAUGAGAUGGGACGGCUUCCAUUGCCAACUGCGGCUGAAAGGGGGUACGAUAGUGUUGUUCGUGGACUCAUUCGCGCUGGAGGAGAUCCUAACAUUAAGAGUGGAGUGAAUGAAGAUACGCCUUUAAUCUUGGCUGCUGGGAAGAAGCAGGAUAAAGUUGUAAAGGUCUUGCUGGAUAAUAAGGCUGACAAGAUGCUCGCAAACAAGUUUGGGGACAUUGCAUUAGAUGUAGCGGAGGAAAAGGGUUACAAAGAAAUUAUUGAAUUGUUAGAAGGAUAA